AUGUCAGCUCUUCUGGACGUGGAAAUGAUACAUAUAACAGUAUACAUUCUAUUAUUGACACACCAAACGAGGGUUUGGAACAAAAAAGUGGAAAACUUUAAGCCAGACAGUGUAAACGAUGACGAUAUAGUUGAAGAUAAUGAAAUGUUAUUGGAAGAGAUAUAUUUUAACUUCGAAUGCAUCACCGAGGCUUGGAAUCUGAUAAAGAAGUCUGCAGAGUUAUUUGGUAAAUUGGAAUACCUAAUAAGUCACGCGGUUGGUAUGUUGUUGCUACUAACCAAAGAUUUUUUCGUGGAGACUGGUUUAUGUGUAGCUUCCGAGACAUUCUACGAGGAAACAGACAGAGUAAAUACUAAUGUUAUUUUGAAGUUGGCACAAGAUCUGCCAUCGAAGAAGAUAUGGAAGAAUAUCUUCCGGGUACUGGAUGUGGAGUUCUGCAAGCUGAAUGCUUUGAACAUGUUUGUGGUAGAUGCGGCUACACAGCUGCAUUACUGCAACCUCGUCACCACUUAUAUCAUUGUGUUGCUACAAUUUGCUUUCCUUCAUUGA